AUGAACCCGAAGGCCAUCCCUUACAAAGCCAUGGAUGAUAGCUCUCAUGGAUCUUAUUCCACCCCAACAGCAGCCGUUAUGGAGACUCGUGGAUCUGUUCAACGAGGUGUUUCCUGGCACAAACAGCCUACUUAUAUGGUUCUCUUUGCCGUUCUCGGAAUCGCCUUAGCAUGCACUCAUCAUGGUUACUAUUCAUAUCUGGAUGGCAAACUAAGGACCAACAAUUUUCAGAAACAAUUUUCGAUAACAAUUGGAAGUCUUCUUGCUUUUUCUGUGGUCUCAUCGUUUCUUGCAGCAAACUGUGCCGCCUAUCCACAGUAUCUUUGGAUUUCCAUACGAAAGAAAGCAUUUACUUUAAGUACAUUAGAUAAGAUGUUUGCAUUGACGUCGGAUCCAAUGGGAUUUCUGAGCGUAGAGAUAUUCAGGCAUGCACCAGUUGUGGCUCUUCUCGCAUUGGUCUAUCGGGCAAUGAGUCUUGCAGCAAUACUGCCUCCUGGUACGUUGAUCAUUGUUAAUGGCAUUAUGAAGGAAACCUCUAACAUUUCCAUGCCUGCAAUCAAUUGGUCUAAUGUCAACGUUUUCCAAGAGGAUAAUGUUUCCACUGUACCUGGCACUGUUGUUAUAAACAUUGGCACAGAAGCUGUCGAGAGCUCCAAUAUUGUUUCAAUUGAAGGGCCAGCGCCUAAUUCAUCUUACUCUAUCGACAUUAGAGGUCCUUAUCUUCAAUGUAUGGCACCUAACGAUACCGAACAAAUUUACUUUGAUCAAUAUAUAGAAAAUCUUGCUCAGAACAACAUCUUCACUUCGACCAGCUGGACCACGCGUUACCAAAAUGCGUCUACUCUUUUUGACUCUCUUUCUUCUCCUUGGCCGUCUAUGAUCUGUCUAUCUGCUUUUGAUCCGUGGAUGUAUCCCGGUAAUGAUAGCUUGGGAUGGUUGGCAAUCGGUGAAUUGGAUACUUUAUCUCCCGAUCAAUUCAAUAACUGGGAUGUCAGUAUCAGACGAAAUAUAUCAGCAGAUCUCAGUAAUACCAACAACAAAUUCUUUUCGGUUCAACCUAAGCUAUGGCUUUUGACAGCUAAUGAUACUUUUGUAUGCGGGCUAGUCAACGGCACAAGAAAGGUCCAUUUUAAUUUUAGCGAUGGCACACAGCAUAUAAACUAUGGUAUGCUUUAUGAUGUGGAACAUGUCAACAUGUCACGGACAAAUGUUCCUGGCUACCCUGGAGCUCUGGACAAUACACGCCAUCAUGACAUCGCUCCCUAUAUAUCCCUCUAUCAAUCCAUGAUAUUAAUGCUAAGUGGGAACAUAACAGCUCAAAUUGGUAAAUCGGUUAUGAGCUCCUUAGCUCUGAACACUGUGCGAUUCGGCCUAUCAAGCCGUGUUCUUUCCACUAGCUUAGCUGGUUGUGAUGACUUCCUUAACGCAUAUUGGAAUGAUAAUCCUCUGGUAGGAAAUGCAGAUUGCUUGCCGGCUGUGAGCCGAUCGUCCAAUAUCUAUAAUUCGACAGAACUCUUUACAAAACCUCCAUCAGCUUGUCGUAAUCAUAGUCUGGCGAGAGGUGUCGAAGAUUUGGCUGCGAAUAUUACCAUCAGCACAUUCAGCGAACCCAAACUUCUUAAGCAAAACGCAACAAAUGUUCCAGUUACCUUCACGAAUUCUACCAACGUCUUCUCGUAUUCCCCGAAAUAUCUUUACCUCCCAUACGGCAUCGCAAUUUUCUUCACUUGCCUUAGUUCAAUCCUUGGUUUAUACGCCUUCUACACUAAUGGUGUUGUUCACAGCACAGCACUGUCGGCCAUUAUAGCCACGACGAGGAACCCGGAUCUCGAUAUUCUUGCCGAAACGUAA